CUGACCCUGGGGUACUCCGCUUGAAACUGACUACCAACUAGACAUCAAGCCAUUGAUCACUACCUGUUGAGCUCAACAAUCUAGCCAGCUUUCUAUCCACCAUGCCCCUCAAACACUUAACCUCAGUCCCGAAUACCUAUGAAUGGAAUAUUUGCUCACCAUAGGGGCUGGAGUUGGAGAGUUUGGCUUGGAAUUUGAGCUUCAUCAGAGGGGUCAUCACCCAGAGUUCUAAUUUGGUUCCGUCUCUAAGAACAUUUUAACUCUUGAAUAAGGGUUGAUAUUUGGUCUCUGCAUGAAGUUUUUCAUUCAGCUGCUCACACCUAGCAGACAGGGCUAUUGUCAGCAGAACUGACUGUUUGGGGGCUAGGGGUUUCUUUGCCUUUAGCUCCAGCAGAAAAGAGCAUGCCGCAGAGUGCACCCCAGAAGCCCACCUGGCGAUUCCCGUGGUUGGUCUCAGCAUUGUUGCUGUUGCUGUGUGUCUCUCUCCUCAUUGCCCUCAUUGUCACUCUACUCAAGGGAACUGGAGGCUGUGAAGAGCACAAGACCCUGCCCCAGAGUUCUGCAGAGUGGCGUUGUGCCCUGGGGAGAGCUGAGGAGAAAGGGCGAGUCUGGACGUGCUGCCCCAUGAACUGGGAGCACUUUCAGUCCAGCUGCUAUUACUUCUCUAUAGACUCCAUGAACUGGGGUGACAGUGAGACAAACUGCACAGGGAUGGGCUCCCACUUGGUGGUGAUCAACACAGGAACUGAGCAGGAUUUCAUUUUCAAUUUGACAAAAAGAACUGUUACAUCCAUGCCAGACAAGAGUUACUAUAUCGGCCUGACAGAUCAGGCACAGGAAGGCCAGUGGCACUGGGUGGAUCAGACUCCAUAUAACACGACAGCAGCAUUCUGGAGACAAAAUGAACCCAGUAAUAACAACAUGGAGAACUGUGCUGUCAUGCAUAUAGCGACAAAGGCACAUAGGAAGAAUUGGAAUGACAUUCCGUGUUCCACCAUUGUACAUAGAAUUUGUGAAACUGCUGCAACACGUUUUUGAGGAAAGAAACCCCAUCCAGGAUGUGAAGCCCUCAGAAAGAGAGGGAGAGAGAGCCCACCCCUGGCUAGAGGCAGCUGACAGAGAGAUCUGAUUGGAGGGUUUGAUUCAGAUGUGGGACUUGUGCUGUAAUUAUGGAGUGGGAGGUUACUGUAUUCAAUGGUUCAAACUCACCCAUAUGCACAAAAAAAUUUUGAAAAAAAAAUGA